UUUUCAGGAGUGCUACUGUAUGGCCCUCCAGGUUGUGGUAAAACCUUGAUUGCGAAAGCUACAGCAAAAGAAGCUGGUUGCCGCUUUAUUAAUCUUCAGCCCUCAACGUUGACAGACAAAUGGUAUGGCGAAUCACAGAAGCUGGCAGCAGCUGUUUUUUCUCUCGCUAUAAAACUUCAACCCUCUAUCAUCUUUAUUGAUGAAAUAGAUUCUUUUCUGCGAAGUCGUUCAAGUUCUGAUCAUGAAGCCACAGCUAUGAUGAAAGCCCAAUUCAUGAGUCUCUGGGAUGGUCUAGACACUGACUAUAAUUGCCAAGUGAUAGUGAUGGGAGCUACCAAUCGCCCUCAGGAUCUUGACUCUGCCAUUAUGAGAAGAAUGCCUACAAGAUUUCAUAUCAAUCAACCUGCACUAAAACAGAGGGAGGCAAUCUUGAAACUUAUUUUGAAAAAUGAAAAUGUGGACAGGCGUGUGGAUCUUCUGGAAGUUGCUAAAGAAACUGAUGGGUUUUCAGGAAGUGACUUGAAAGAAAUGUGCCGCGAUGCUGCACUGCUGUGUGUCAGAGAAUAUGUGAAUUCUGCAUAUGAAGACAGCAAUGACGAUGAUGAAAUUCGCCCAGUGCAACAAAAGGAUUUGCAUCGAGCAAUUGAGAAGAUGAGGAAAUCAAAGGAUGCAACAAAUCAAAGUGUUCUAAUGCAUGUUAGUUUAGAUUAAGGUUAUCCAUAGCUUCUUUUGGUGACUGGUGAUUUAAAUAGUAGAAAUCAAUUGGAAACAAAAAUAUCCUUUUAACGAUUGUUUUUGGAAUUGUUUUUAUAUGCUGAUACCUAAGUUAUUGAAACCUAGUAAUCUUGCAGAAUUGGAUACAGUCCGUGUGAUAGAUCAUGACAUGGAGGAAUAUAGUCUUGCUCAAACCAAUGUCCUCUUUCCUUGUUGCAGCCUUAAAAAUCUGUGAGUAGGUUCUAGCAUGGCACAUUGUUUCUCUGGGAGGGAGAGCAGAGCCUAUGUAUAUAUGUAUGAGAUGAUGUGUGUGUAUAUAUGAUGUGAGUGUAUAUCCACAUAGGUUUUU